CAAGUUUCAACUUACUUCGUUCCGUCUGAUAACUUUCUUCUGUCUCCCCGCGCCGCGCCUUCCUCAGUCAGUCACCACUCUGAUAAUUUUCUUCGUUCGAACUUCAGAGACUUGCAGGCAGGUCGCAGGCUCGCAGGCUUGUAGCAGGCUGCAGCACGCCUCAACCCUUUCACCAUCUUGAAUCCGGACAACCCAUUUUGACGUCGACCACUCGCCUUCCUCGCCGUCAACCCUAAAGCUGUCUCGGUCGACAGCUGUCAAAGCUACCUUGAUUCGCGGAGAAGGUUGCGAAAAAAUGGGCAAGAGGGGAAAGAGUCUGAAGAAAGGUGAUGGAAACCCAAUUCAGAGUAAGAGAAAGCUUCGGGAUGAAUACAGUCCCAUUCAAGAUGACGACAUGGACGACGAAAUUGAUGCCUUUCACAAACAAAGAGAUAUAAUUCCUCUUGAUGUUAAUGAAGAGGAUGGAGAUUCCGAUGAAGACAACGAGCAACCCGUCUUUGGUUUGGAGAAUAUUCUUGAUGACGACGACGACGACGUUGAUGAUGAUCGGGAUACUGGCUUUUCUGCAAAAAUUGUUAGGCAGCAGAAGUUCUUAAGGGAGAAGUUUGGUGCUGAGGAUGAUUUGCAUGAUGAUGAAGAAAACGAGGAAGAAGAAAAGCCUGUAUGGGGUGGAAAGAGGCAAAACUAUUAUGGUGUUGAUAAUGGCGAUUUUGAGCAAAAAUCAAGUGACGAUGAAUCUGCUGAAGAGGAAGAAGCAGAAGUGGUGAGGCUGCAGAAAGAAAGGGCAAAAUUUUCAACGCUGGAUGACUAUGGGCUUGACAAUAUUUGCGAAAAUGAGAAUAAUAAGGAAUUAACUUUUGAGGAAGUUUCAAUGAAGGGAAACAGUACAAAAAGGUUUCCAGUGGAAAUUGAUGUUGCAGAUAGCACGUGUACAGCUUAUGAGGAGGUGAAGAAAGAUUUGAGUGCCUUGUCAAAGGAGGAGCAAAUGGAUGUUUUAUACAAUUCUGCACCAGAAUUAGUUGGGUUGUUGUCAGAGCUGAAUGAUGCACAUGAAGAGCUUGAAAGAAAAGUUAAUCCACUUCUGGGCAAGGUUAAAAAAGGGGAGGUCAUGUUGGAAGGAGGGAUGCGCUAUUUAGAGGUUAAGCAGCUUCUUCUGCUUUCCUAUUGCCAAGCAAUAACAUUCUACCUUCUUCUCAAGUCUGAAGGACAACCAGUUCGUGACCAUCCAGUACUUGCUCGCCUCAUAGAGAUCAAGAUUUUGUUGGAUAAGAUGAAGCAACUUGAUGGGAAUCUACCAUCUGAUUUCGAGGAAAUUUUAAACAAAUAUAAUGGGGUGGAAGUGGUGGCAAAGUCUGGUAAAGAGACUUCUAUUGACGCAUCUGAUGAUUUUGCUAAAGAAUACAGACCCCAACCUAUCUUGGUUGAGGGAGAAGAAGCAACUGUGUUGCAUGACAUUACUAAGGUAGAAAUAGUGGAGCCUCUGAAGGAUAAUGAAAACAAGGUGGGAAAACGCAAAUUUCAGAAUGAUGAAGUUGGUGUACAGAGCAUGAAAAUGUUGAAAGUAAGAGCUGCCCUUGAGGAAAAGUUGAAGCAGAAGGGUGUCUUCAGUUCCAUCACUCCGAAAACUGAUAAACCCAGGAAACUUCUGAAGCCAUUGAACGGGAAGCUUGAAUCAUAUGAUGAUUUUGAUGAUGACACUGUAAAUAUUGAGAGUGGCGUCCAUGGAUUGAACAAUGGUCGUGCAAGUAAACUCUCCCAACUUGCUACUAAUCCAAAUAAGUCCAAGGCUAUCUCAGGUGAUGAUGAUUUACCUCGGCGAGAUGAUAUUGGGGAAAGGCGGAGAAAACAUGAGCUUCGAGUGCUUGCAGGAGCUGGAAUCAAGUCUCAGGAUGAUGCUGGAGAUGAAGAUGGCACUAUUUCGGAUGAUGGAGAUGUGGAGAUGGAGGAUAGUGAAAUUGGAGAUUCAGAAGAUGACUUUUACGAACAAGUGAAAGAAAAACGAGCUGCAAAACUUGCUGCCAAAGCUGAGAUUUAUUCGAGGUCCUCGACAGUUCCAUCUUUGGUGGAAACUGAAACUGUUGAUGGGAAACGCCAUAUUACAUAUCAGAUGGAGAAGAACAGGGGACUUACUCGUGCUCGUAAGAAGCUGAUCAAGAAUCCAAGAAAGAAGUACAAGUUGAAGCACCAGAAGGCAGUGAAGAGUAGAAAAGGACAGGUAAGAGAGGUGAGGAAGCCUUUAGGUCCGUAUGGUGGAGAGGCCACCGGAAUCAAUGCAGGAAUCAGUCGGAGCACCAGAUUCAAGAACUAAAUGUUGCUUAUGAUUUCGUCGUUGUGUCCCAAUUUUGGUAAAGUGAGAAUUUCUUUUGAUGAAGUGACAUAAUUUUGAGUAACUUAAAUGAUGUCGCGAAAUGUACUUGUAUACAAUGCCUGCAUUAUAUAAGAAGUUUGUUUUGCAUUGCAUGAA